UUAACACCUCUGAUUAUCUCCCACACUUAACCAAACUCGAUUCAUUUAGCCUUUAAAUCUAACCUUUUGAAUCAUAUAAAUUUGUUGACUUUCUUUCCAUAUUUUCUUUCAUUCCAAAACCCAAAAUCACAGAGAUCGGAUUUUUGGUGUUAAGAAAAAUUCAAAUGGUUGUUUGCCAAGCUUCAAAGAUCCAUCUCCCAACUCCCUUUGCCUCACCUUCUUCUUCUAAAACUCCAACGUCUCUCCUCUUUGAACCCCAUUCUUUUUCCCUCGCCCUUUCCCACUCUGAUUCUUCUCUUUCCCUAUUUCCUUCCAUUUCCUUCCCUUUCUCUUCCACCCAAAAGUCCCUUUCUAUUCCUCCUCCUUCCUCUUCCUCCACUUUCCUUCUCCUCAAAACCCAAAAGUCUCCUAACCCCAGGGUCCUUUUCGUCGUUGCUGGCCCUUAUAAAGGUGGUUCCAAGGUUCUCCUUAGAUUUUUUCUUUAUAGGAAUGAUGGAAGCAAGGCUUUUGAGAAGGCUAAAGUUGUUGUUUCCAAGCAAAAGGGUAUUGAGUUUGAUGAUAAAGUUGGGGUUUUGAUUGAUGUCAGUCAUGGUUUGAAACUUAUAAUUUCUGGGUCUGUUAAUUUUUUUGCACUGUAUUCGGUUUCAAGCUCCAAAGUUUUAAUCUUUGGGGUUAACUUGGUGGUUGAUACUGAUGAAAGUGAUGAUGGGAUCGCUUUUAAGCUCAUGAAAUUUGCUGUGAUUGAUUGUUUGAAGCCUGUUUUCUCGAUCAGUAUUUCGUUUGAAUGGUUGGUUUUAGGGGAGGAAAAUGGGGUUAAAGUUUGGAGUUUAAGAGAAUUGGUGAAAGGGAAAAAGGUAAAGAAAGUUAAGAAUUAUGGUCUUUCAAAUGGUGUAAUUGGAGAUAACAAUGGUGUUUCCAAUGGUGGAUCAAGUACUUCGGAGAUUGUUUCUAAUGGUCAUUUGGAUGGGAAGAUUGAAAAGCCAUCCGUUUCAGUGAAGCCAAGGUCUGGUAAACACAGACAAGAAUCUGCUGAACCAGGUGCAUGCUUUGUGCCAUUUGAGCCAAAGGAGGUUAAGGGCUUGACAUCUGCGAAAGCAUCCUCUAUGUCCUUGAAGGCAAUUUCAAUUCAACCAUUGUCCUCAAAGAGGUUCUUGAUCUUGGAUACUGUUGGAGAUUUGUUUGUCUUGCAUGUAACAGACAAAACUGUUGGAUCAGAUGUCACCUGCUACAUGAGGCAAUUGCCACAUGUUAUGAAAGUGCAAAUGAUGGCUGUUUUUCCCGAUAUUUCUUCGAGAAGACAAACUGUUUGGAUAUCGGAUGGGCAUCAUUCCAUGCAUGUGGUGGACAUUAGCUCUGCUGUUAACGAAACUGAUAAAAGAGAGAUUGUUCAAGCAAUUUUUACUAGCGAAAAGAUCCAAGAUAUGAUACCUACGGCUGCAAACAGUAUUUUGAUCCUUGGACAAGUUUCUGGAGUUCUUGACUUCACCUACUUAUAUUGAACAGGAAGCUUGUAUGCAUAUGCUAUUUCCUGAAGAGGUUCGGCAACCAUAUCUUUUCGUGUGGUAUCCGUGUUCCAGGUUGUAUUUCGGUGAUUAUAUACCCUCAAUUUAUUCCUGGACCUGUUUUUUAGUGAGUACGAAUGGACUCUUGUGCAAACUGCUAAUACAUUGAUUCUCAGAUUGUCAUUCCCUAAAUUUCAGUUGGCUAUCUUGCAUCUGGAGUACAGAGGAGUCUAAAGUCAAGAUCUGCAGUUGUCAUCUGUCUAAUGGUGCAUAAGGCUUCGAGGACAUGGACCUCUUGAAGAUAAUCACAGGACAAGUCAGAUGCUGCCGAUAGGGAUACGGGUCCUGAGAGAUAUUUGAUCUUUUUCAACUAUUCGUAGCCAACAUCUACCUCUGGCUCCAGUUAUGUUAGCCACAAAAUCAAUUUGCAACUGAAGCUUUGGUCGCCACAUUACUCCGUUUCAUCUUCGACAGCAAGCAAUUAAUUACAUCUUGUGUUGUUUACUGGAUGACUGAGGUGAUAAAGAUGGAAGCUAGUGUGUAUGAUCUUUUAUGAAACUCCAUUGUUGUAAAGCUUUUCUAAGGUUAGUCACUAUGUCAACUUCUGAGAAAUAAAAUCUGAAGGGGGUGACUUGACAAUUCAUGUAUUUUUAUCUUGUUCAUGUGUUAUUUCGAGUCAUAAUUGUGUUUGAUUUGUUCUAUAUUUAUUUAACUUUUGGCAUAGCUUUUGGCGUGUUCCUAUAUUUCGCCUUUCAGUUUCUUGUUUUGUCAUGUGCGGCGGACAUAUUAUGGUGUCUAACUUUGGAAACAUUUGCUCAUGUUACAAUUUCAAGUAUAGCUAAGAAUGAACCUAUUUAGCUUUGUUUU